CUUCAUGAGAAGCUUUACCAUUAAUAAGAAAAUGAAUCGCCUGAGCAGCAUUAAUACAAGAUCAGUGGUCAUAAUGCUCAUGCUGAUAGGAUCAGCAUUUUGAAUACCUGAACAAUGCUCUAGUAAUAUUGAUUGCAGAGAAAGAUACACUUGUAAUAUGGAAGCAUAUCAGUGAGAAAGAGACAGCUUUUUGCCACUUCCUUUCCAAGAUAUCGUUGGGACAGUUAUUAUGGUCAUUCUGAUGUCUUUAGUCACAACAGCUGGUAUCGGUGGAGGAGAAAUAGUUGUCCCAGUUAUCAAAAUCCUCUUCGGCUUUUCCCAAAUGGAGGCAUCUCCAAUUUCCACAUGUUGAAUAAUGAUGGCAGGAAUCAUCAGAUUCAUUGUUAACUAUAACAAGAAGCAUCCUAACAAGGACGCAGUGCCUAUCGAUUACAGUGCUGCUAUGGUCCUCAUGCCAGCAAUGUUCUUUGGAUCAAGCUUAGGUCACAUGUUACAUGAAAUCUUACCUAAUCUGAUCCAAGAAAUCAUGCUGUUUCUGGUUCUCCUAUUCUGCAUUUUCGAAAGCCUCAAGAAGGGAAUCUUCAUAUGGAACAAGGAAUCAAAAGAAAUCAGAGAAAAGAGAGAAAUUGAAUUAGCAAUUCUUAGCAACAAAGAUGUUUCCAGAAUUCAAAACUCUUUCUAUGAGUCCGGUGUAGUAGAAGAUUCUUUUGGACAGUCGGACAGCAUUUCGAAUCUGCCUCAGACUGAUGGAUUACUUACCCCUCAUAAUGACAACAGCACUAAGAAAGCUCUCAUCGAAGAGUACCAACAAUAUGAGAAGAGUCAUUGGCAAUUUGCAAAACUUGUACCAAUUUGGCUGAUAUUCACAGCCUUGAUUGGCCAAUCAAUCCUCAGAGAUAGCGGGUUACUUGAGAUCACUAAAUGUGGAACAGCCUAUUGGGCAAUCUAUGCCGGAUAUGCCCUAUGCUGAGGAUCAGCCCUGCUUUACUCAAUUAUUCAGUUCAGAAAAGAAGUUAAGCUUAAGAAAGCUCUAUUCGGAACCCAACAGAGAGAAGGAGAUGUUGUAUAUACUAACGAAAAGAUUUUCUUCCUUGUUACUAUUGCAGUCUGAGUCGGAGCUAUUGCAGCUGUUAUCGGAAUCGGUGGAGGCCUUCUUUUCAUCCCAAUUCUGCUCAUCCUUGGAUACUCUCCAUUCGUUGCUUCAUGAACAUCAAUGUUCAUGGUAAUGUAUUCAGCAAGUGCGAAUGUUAUUUCCUACAUUAUAGCUGGAAAGACCAACAUUCCUUAUGGAUUCUGGUUAGCUUUAUGGACAUGAUUAGGUGUGAUCCUAGGAAUGACCACUGCGAAUAAAAUUCUUGCUAAAACAGGGAGGCAAUCUAUCUUCAUUUUCUUGUUCGCCAUCAUCAAUUUCUUAUGAAUUAUUUUCUGAGUGACCUUUAACAUUACUCAUGUACGACAAGAGAUCCAAGAAGGAAAGAACAUUAUCGAAUUUGGAAGUGUCUGCGGAUAAAUACUACUUUUAAUAGACCUAAUCUA